CAGGUAAGAACGUUUAAUAUUCACGCUGCUGAUGUGAGAAAUGCUUUUCUUUAUUACGGCUGCAAAAUGAAACAUUUAUUAUUGUUAAUUUAUUACGUGUUAAUAAUAAUUUAUUAACACUGUCGUGUAAAAUAUGCUUAAACUAAUAUAAUGAAUAAAUGUGUUACUAAACUGAAAGUGAAAGUUUAUAUCUUGCACCAAAAACACGAUUCUUAUCUACAUUUUCGGCAUUUAGCAGACACUUUUAUCCAAAGCGACUCACAAUUAUGACCUGAACAUGAUUUUGAGCAGUUGAGGUUAAUGGUCUUGCUCAGGGGCCCAACAGUGGCAACUUAGCAGUGGUGGGGCUUGAACCGGCAACCUUCUGAUUACUAGUCCAGUACCUUAACCACUGAGCUAUCACUGCCCCUGAAGAUAAAAUUCUGGACUAUUAAUGUGCAUCUCCUUAUAUUCAGUGAUUCAUUUAUUUAUGUAACUAUUCAUUUGUUAGUUAUGAUGCUGUAUAUCACAGUGUUAUUAGAAAGAAACCAUGUAAACAGGAAACACUGAUCUAAAAGCACUGAUCUAAUGUAAAAGAAUAUUGCUGAACUGUGAUAAUAACAUGAAUUACAGCCCUAAGUGGAGAAAAAGACAUAUUUUGUUUAUACUGACGCCAUUUCUACCCAACAGUUACAUUCAUGUAAUAAACAAUGAACAAAAUUAUUAUUUUUUGUGGCAGAGUGGCGCAAAGGGUAGUGCUGUUGCGUCACAGCAAGAAAGUCCUGGGUUCGAUUUCUUAGCAGGCUGGGUGAGCAGGGGUCAGUGUGGGUUUCCAUCAGGUUCUCCGGGUUUUCUCUCACACACGCAAAAACAACUGGAGCUGCAAAAUUUACUCGUGUGUGUGUGUGUGUGUUCUGUGAUGGACUGGCGACCUGUCCAGGGUGUUUCCUGCCAUUUGCCCAGUGAAUUAGUAUUUUGCAUAGAAAAUAGGACAAUCUGAUUUUUUUGCUGUUCUCACUCUUUAACGGUUCUAACAGGCACAUCAGUUAUACAUCAAUAACAUCAAAUAAAUAAAAUAUUCUCAUAUUUAUAGCAACAGUAUGGUGAAGGGCCUUUCCUUUAUUUCUGUGCACAAACAGCCAUUUUCAAACAGUGUUUUAGUUUGUAAACCUAAUCACUCUUUUUUGUCUUCAACAUGCCGUGCCAACAUCUGAGGGCGUGUCAGGCUGUAGAGGAACAAGAACGUUCUCUUAUCACAAAUAGUUGAUCCAUACUGCCUGUACAUCUGUAACAGCUGCACAAAUCCUCACAGGUGAAGAUGGCGUCCCCCGCCGAACGGUUCCUGAAGGUCCACAGGAGUGAAAUCGUGGGCCGAGUGAAGAGCGUAAACGGUCUGGCUGAUUGUCUGCUUGAGAAGGAAGUGAUUUCUAAGGAAGCAUUGAAUGAGAUCAGUAGCCAGAAACCAGAAGAGGAGCAGAUGAGGACAGUUUAUAAGCAUCUGAACAGCAGUAAGGCCUAUGAAUUAACAUUAGAAUGGCUGAAGAGACACGAGUCUCAUGUGAUGGAAGAUCUGGCAGAAAAGACAGAGACUCCGGAACCGAGCCACUCGAGAGAAAAAAGACAGAGAAUCCAGAACCAUGAAGCCAUGGAUGAAACAGAUUGUGAUCUCCAAACAUCACCAGAUCUCAAGACCUUAUCCACCAUGGCCAAACUGGACGACUGGGUCUCUGAUCCUAAAAUCAGUGAAAAACUGGUUAAUGACCUGAAGGAGAAGCUUGCUCAGGGUGAAAUGGAGGGUUUGGAGGAUUAUCUGAAGGACAUAAAGCUGAAAAAGAGUCUGUGUCUCACUGCUAAAGAGAUCAACGAGAUCAGACAGAGAAAAGAUCUUCGUUCAUUUCUUACAGACGUUAAAGGAGCCAAAUUUCCUAAAAAUACACUUGACCACUUUUUUGAGAAGGUCAGAAGUAAGGCCUCAACAGCCAAGAAAAAGCCUGAACAGUACAGUAAUUACGACGACUCCAUAAACCAUAAUGCAGAUGAUUUGAACAGCAGUGGAUACGGAUCUUCAUGCAGCUCAAGUUUUAAUAGCAGAGUGUUUCCUCACACUGUGUUCCCAAAUGAGGACGUGUUCAUAUGUGAAGGUGUCACUGAUGUCAGUCACACACACAACAUGGAGGUCACGGAUUACGAGUCCAAAAGCGCAGACCUAGACUUCAAAGCGGACGUUCCACACCCAACAGAAAACGCAGAUCAGAUUCAGCAAGCUGUCAGAAGCAGUGGAGGAACCAGGGAAUUAAAAGAAAAGCAGGAAAUGGACGACACUGACUGUCCUCCUCAAACAUCCUCUCAAAACCUUUUUUAAUGUUCCUCUGUUUGCCAAAAAGAGCAAGUUGUCCAGCUACAGUCCAAGCUACAGGACAAAGUCGAUACCUCAUUUGAAGAAAGAGCGGUGGUCUGGUUGUGGAAGGUUUGGAGCCAGAAGAUAAGCAGCAGAGCAGUUACAAUCAUGGAGAUGAUUUUGAUGAGCCGGAUGGACCACAAGGAAUGAUCAUUUUUCCAAAGCUUGAAGACGUUCCCCCUAGUACUUGGAGCCGAGACCUUCAACUACAGUCCGCAGAUGGUGGACGGCUAGAAAAACGCACGGACACACUAAGGAACACGGGUGAAGAGCUUAAGAAAGCCAACUGCUCCAACAUGUCUUCAUUAAAGAACCCAAAACCAAAAAGAGAGAAGAGGAGGAACGUGGAAGGACAGCCGAACAGAAGAAUCGAGCAGUACGGCACUGUGCUUUGUAACUGGUUAAUGAAUCAAUGCAGCGGCAGUGAGGAGGAGUUCAAGAAAUUAUUCGACCGUAUCUCAGUAAAACACGUAGUAGAACACAGCGAGUACCCGUUCUUCAUAGCUGAAAACAUCACAGUGUUUAAGAACCCACAAACUGGUGAAGAACAGAUCAUCGUCGUGAAGGAUGAGAAGAAGAACUCCACAGAGACCACAAGUCUGAUCCAUUAUCAGAUGUUUGUGUGUGACAUUCAGAAAACUGUCCUCUUAGGUUCUAAAGAGCCUAAAGAGAAGCAGAUCGGCUUUGAGGAGUCCGAGGUUCCUGUAAAUCGCUGCCUGAGGAGCAUCCUGGAGGUGUUCGCUCCUGCUCUCGCUGUGUUCAAAAAUAUUCAAAGAAAAGAAAGACUGGACUCGUAUCUGAAAACGAUCCAAGGGCGGAAAGAAAAUCCUCGUUAGUGUAUUUGUGGAGGAUCAGAGAACAGUACAUGGAACAGGAGUUUUGCCUAGGUUACAAACCCAAACUGUCAUCUUACGCUGGGAAAAUACGUCCAUUUGUUCAGAUAUAAUCCAAGAUUUUGAUUAUUUCUCAAUAUUUUGAGUCUUUAACGUUCACGGCUUCACACUGCAGCCCCGAUCAUGAAUGUUUUUUAAUCCAUUGUUUUGUUUCCACACUCGUCGACUGGCUGAUUAAGGACGUCUGUGCUGAAAAUACUCAGAAAAAAAAUAUUUACUGUUUUUUUAUUUCUUUUAUUGAUUUUUAAAACAAUACCUGCACAAAGCUGUAAAAUUUCUCCUAUUUUUGCAUAUUUGUCACACAGAAGUUUCAAAUCAAACUACUUUUAAUAUCAGACAGACUGAAAAAAUCAUUCCAACCUUCUGAGACCGCAUUCCAACAGAAGAACAUCGUACCAGGGUUUUUAAUCACACACGACUCCUACAUACAGGAGCAGCCGAAAGAAGAAAAGAAAUCUCAUUUUUUAUGUUUUUUUAGGUUUGACAGGGCAGUGGUAGCUCAGUAGUAAAGGUACUAGAUCAAAAGGUCACUGGUUUAAGCCCCACCACUGCCAAGCUGCCACUGUGUACUUUGGUGUCCUGCACAGAAAACUGAAGCUGAACGUUUUAAAGUUUAUGUUCCACUAAUUCAGUCACUGUAUAAGAUCAGCUGUUAAUAUUAAUAAAAUCCCAAGAAUAAAACUGAGCAUUUUAUCUUUUUUAUCACUCAUGUCAUGAUAUGAUUCCAGUAGUUUUCAGCAGUGUUGGACUUUGCCUCAUUAUGACGUCCACACACUUUAUUAUUCCAACCGCAGUGAGGGUCACAAGAACCUCGGUAAACUAACACAGAGCUCCACAAUCCAACCACCACAAAGGAUCCAGACUGACGAAGCUAUGGGUGCAAUAAGAUCCAGACUAAUGUAGCUAUGGCUGCACUAACUGAAAUCAUUCAGUGUGACAAACAUACAGUAACUGAGACUUUCAAACAGACGGGGGGCCAAAAGGUUCUUACAGCACUGUAGGUGUACAUGUGCGUUUAUGCCUGGUUCACACUACACGAUUUUUGCCCUGAUUUUCGUUCGCGACUGGUCAGCGCUAGAUUUGCCGGCUCGGGAACAACUCGGCUUUCGUCAAAGCGAGAUUUCUAGUAUGUCAGAUAUCUGAUCUGAGUUGCCCAACUGGCAGUGAGUGUUGAACAGCCAAUAAGAACGCAAGAUCUGGUGUGAGGGGAAACGCAGGGGAGGAGUGUAAACAGGUGGUACAGGGGUGUAAUAUAGUUUAUAUCAGAAUACAUCAGCACACACACGAGUUUUACAGUAUUUCUGACCUUAUUGUUCUCUACAAAACACCCACGCUGCAUUGCAAACAAUAUUUAUUAACCUCCAACUCACUAUAGAACAAUCCAUGCUGGUCGUGUUGCCAAAUCCACUCAGAUUCAUUUAUUUUUCCUCUUUGAUUUUACGCUGCACAUCAGCACACAAACUUUGAUCGCUCGCUACUUGUUGAGUGUAUUUUUGGACGUGGUAUCAUUAAACCCCUUGUCACUUCUCACGUGUGUUUUCGUGACAAAACGUAGUUUGGGAGACCAGAGAAGUUGGUGAUCCAGUUGGUGAUAGAUGGUGUAGUGUGAAACCCCCUAUCACCGAUCAGUCCUGUAGUGUGAAAUACAGACACACCUGAAAGACUCCCGGUUACAAGAGAUCCAGUCAUGUAGUGUGAACUGUACAGCGACCUGAUAACUCGGAAAGUCGUGUAGUGUGAACUUGGCAUUAGUUAUCUUACAAUAAAUGUUUUAUGUUGAUGAUUUUUUUACUAUCUGAAAAUUGUCUAAAUUUAAAACAGAUCUCAGGUCUGUAUCCACCAUGGCCAAACUGGACGAAUGGGUCUCUGAUCCCAAAAACAGCCAGAAUCUGAUUGAUGACCUGGAGAAGAAGCUCGAUCAAGGUGAAAUGAAGGCUCUGGAGGAUUAUCUGAAAAAUAAGAAGCUGAAAAAGAGUGUGUUUUUAUGCUGAUGACAUGGAUAAGAUUAAAAACAACGAUGAACUUGGGUGGUUCCUUGAUGUAAUGAACGACACUACAUUCCCUUUAAGUUUACUGGAUUUGUUUUUUCAGAGGAACACAGACUACAACCCGUCGAAUCAUUUACAGGCAUGUGAGGUGGGAAAAGAACCCCUUAGCCAGUAGUUCUGCACCUUCAGCUACGAACAAGGACAAUGAAAAGCUUAGAAGAAAGUGCAGGAGCGAGUUCUUGUGAAUUGGGCAAUGAAACAAUGUGAUGGGAGUGAGAAAGAGUUAAACAAGGUUCUUGAGAACAUCUCAAUUAGAAACAUGGUGGAAAACAAAGAGUACCCAUUUUUUGUAACUGAAAAUGUCAUGGUGUACAACAAACCACUAACUGAUGAGGAAGAAUCAGGAAGUAGGUUCUACAGCCAAGCACGUAGAGAACGUAAAAUUCUGGUCAUCACUGAUGAAAGGAGAAACUCGGUCAAAAUGAUGAAUCUGAUUCAUUAUCAGAUGUUUGUGAGCAACAUUCACACAACAGUCAUGUUAAGUACUAAAGAACCUAAAGAGCAGCACAUCAAGUAUAACGAGACUCUGGUUCCUACCAAUCUGUGUCUGAGGUGCAUUUUAGAGGUUUUCCUCCCCGCUCUGGCCGUCUUAAAAAAAAUGCAGAGAAAAGAGUUUGUUUUCACAGUUUAAGUUGUUUUUACACCUGAAAACAUGUAAUAAUAAACCUCAGUGAUCUCAGUUUAUCUCAUCAUCAUUCCCUCCACUCAUUUAUGUUUUACAGAAUAAAAGUUUAUUUCCUGGAUGUGACCUGAAGUAAAUUUUACUUUUAGUGAAGAUGUUCUCUACAUUAUUGUUUAUCACAUAUGUAACAUGAUUCAUGUGCACAAAUGAUAAAUGUGAUAUUUUCUUUUGUCUUCUUUCAAUAAAGUAAAGACACACCGCUCA